CUCGGUCACUCCCGCCAGUCUGGUUGCGACAAGUGAAGUGGUGAAAAUUGCUCUAGAUCCAAAUAUGAAAUUUUGUCUCUUCUUCGUACCUAUUAUGAUACAGUUCUGCCCUGAGUGAAAAUAAACUGUUAUAUAGGUGUGGCAGGGAUUGGGUGGUUCCCAUUGCGUCAGCACCCCCACCCUAGCUGCCUGCUCCACCACCGCCACCACUACGGCUCCAUCAAGCUCCCGACGUUUAUUCUCGCCGCUGGUAAAUAUCCCGGCAGUCUCGCUUCACUACACUGGACGAAGACUAUGGCGGGAAAAAAUGAGGAGGUGUUGAAAGAAGCGUUUAUGACAAAAAGGUCCCAGAACAAGAGGUCUUUCACUCCCACCAACUGGAAGGAUCGCUGGUUCGUCCUCUCACCAGAAAAUCUUAUAUACUACGAUGGGGACAAACAGAGUGGUCGUCGGAAGGAGCGCGGUCGUGUGGAGUUGAGCAAAGUGGUGGUGGUGGAGUGUGUGGACAGUGCUGUCUUCCAACGAGACUGGGUCUUUCAGCUGUGUUAUCUGUCCGAGGAGAAGGAGCAGUUCGUCCUCUACAUCGCCGCCGUCUCUUCCCAGGAACGUGACCAGUGGCUGGACUACAUCAGAAGACUGGUUGCUGACAACGAGUGUCUGGCUGAGUGGUACCACCAGGGAGUGUUCAUCAGGAGCCAGUGGACGUGUUGCAAGGGUGGCAAGGACGUCACUGCUUGCACUGCCGUCACCUGGACCAUCAACCACAACAACAAUCCACCAGGUGAGUGUCAUACCACCAACAACCACAAUAACAACCCACCAGGUGGGUAACUUUACCACCAUUAUCAACUGCAACAGCAACCUACCAGUUGAGGGUCA